AAGAAAGGCAUGUGUUUGUACUUUUCAAGUUUUCUAUAAAUUUCAAUGUUUUGUCAUAGAUCCUACCAACUGUGCCUGUAAGCAAACCAUGCAUGAGUUUAUUUUAUAAUUUUAAUUAAAAGUCCAGCGUGACAUGGAGAAUUACAGAAGUUAGAAAGAUAAGACAAGAAGCCGGGUUUUACACUCCCAUGUAGAGGAGAGAAGUGCAAGGCAGCAAAUAAAAUGGACGAAGAGGAAAAGAAGAAGAUAAGACGUCUGGUAGAAGAUCUAGUCUGCUCUACAGAUCUUCAAUUGGACCAGCAGAAGAUGAAAAGCUUGAAAUCAAAAUGUAAAAUCAGCGACGAUUUUCUCUCUGAAGUACAUCAGCAAUUGUUCCGAAAUUUGGCAAAGAAAAAUUCAGAUAUUCGAAUUUUAUGUCUAGAUAUCCUGGAUGAACUGUUUUCUAGAUCACACUACUUCAGGACUCUAGUUCUAGAAUCCUUUGAUUCGAUUACGUUGCUCUGUGUUGGAGUUGAUAGUUUAAACCCUCUACCUUUACCAGCUGCAGCGGCUAAAAAACUUCAAUCCAAUGCAAUCAGAAUUAUAAAUGGAUGGAUGUCUAAGUAUGGUGGAGGGUAUACUAAACUGAAAGUUUGCUACGAAGCUUUAAAACGAAAAGUAAACUUUAAUUCCCUGACAUUAAUCAACGAUGCUGAGGAAACUGCUCGGAGAAAGGAAAGGGAAAGAACGGAAGCAAUCUGGAGAACUAGGCUACUGCAGGUUGAGAAAGAAGUUCAAGAAAAUCAGGAAACAAUAGAUUCCACUAUUGUUGAGUCCAAGAACUGUAUAGAGUUGUGGAAAACUAGUGGAAACUGUGUUGAACUCACAAAUCCAGUUGUAGCAGCUGUAGCAGACCAGUUCAAUAUACUGGAUAGGAGAUUACUCCCACUCAGCAAGAAGUGGACUGAUACAUUAACGAAGGCUGGAAAUCUAACCAAUCAUCAGCUGUUGAGAAAUUGUGUAGAACUAAAGAACAGAUUAGAUAAGCUGGUCACAGAGAUGAAAUCAUUUGGAAUACAAUUUCAUCAGAAACGGGACAAACAUACAAUAGAAAAAAAGAUUGAGGUUUCUGGUCUUUUUGAAGAUCCGACAACCUGGGCUGCGUCGGUUGUAAGGUUGCAGACUACAAACAAAACUGAUCUACCAAGCACAAUUACUAGCAUGGCUCUCAACCAAACCUUCCUACAGGAAAAACGUCCAAGCUCCAAUCCCUCUGAUGGGAUUAAAACAUUCUCAGCUCCCAAAGAUCCGUCCGGCUCCAAAAAAUUCCCAUCUCAACCAAGUUGUUCUAAAACCGUUUCAUCCGUUUCUGAUAUACCUGAACCUUACAGUUCAGAACUUAAUUCUGAACCUAUUUCUUCUCCGUCCCAAUCUUGUAGCUCCAAAUCUGAACCUUGCAGCUCUGCAAUCCACCCUUGCAACUUGAAUCCUAGCUCUGCGUCCCAACCCUGUGGCUCUAAUGAAAUCUGUUCACAACCUGACCGAACCACGUCUAGUUCUCCUAGUUUCCGCAGUAUAUUUGAUAUCCCUGGAGAAAGAAUACCAAAACUUAAACUCUCAGAACUAUUGACUGAGGAUAGGAUGGUGGUUGAUCAGGAGAAGAGCAGUCUCUGGUUAAACGGAGAGAGGGAGGGUGACUGUGUCGUUGUCAACCCUGGCAUCCGUAGAGUUGUUGAUUUCAGUGGUAAGUUUGAACCAGUAACUCGUGCCUGCCGUGCCCCUCUAGAAAAUGGAUCGUUGUGUCCACGAAUGGAUCGAUUUAAGUGUCCUUUUCAUGGUCCUAUCAUCACACGUGAUGCCCAAGGAGCUGCUGUAGGGUUUAGUUUGAACCCUGAGGGUCCCUUAGCUCACAAGGAUCUUCGUAUACCUGGACUUGGAUCUAAGAAAAAGAAAUCUCCAAAAAAGUUGAAAAGUGAAGCAACAAGGACGGACAGCUCCAGGUCUAGGUUAGAGCAGAAGGUUUUCAGCAAGAACGCCGUGAAGCGUGUAUCCCGUCGCCUUGAUGCUAUUGACGCUAAACGAACCAAAUCUCUGUUUGGGGAACAAUUUAAUUAUUCAAUGUGAAUCCGGAAAACUCAAACUUUGUCCACGCCAGACCUCUAAUAGUACAAUUUAUAAAAUUUGACUGGAAGGGCCGGGAGCGGAUUAUUGUUUAUUAUUAUUAGCAAUCAACCCACAGACAAAGUACCAUGACCUGUAGGCUAUAAUACACAGAAAACAGGGUUCUCUUAUUUUAAAUGUGAACUACCGGGAGUUACUCUCCGAUUAUAUCUCUUGAACCUCUUGAGAAAAUUGUAUUGGGGAACUCGAUAGAACCACAAAUAUUAAAAAGUCGACUUUCCAGGCAACGCUGGGUUCCCAAGCUAUUAAAAUGAUAAAAACAAAUUAAGUUCUCAAUAAAGUACUAUUUCUCUUUAAUUUGUGAUUUUUGUCCCUUAUAUGUGUAAAUUAUAUUGUGAUAUGACUUAGAAUUUAUCUUAUCUGUGAUAUUUGAUACUUGCACUCAUAUUAUUUAUAAAUAUAAACUCUGGAUUUCAGA